AUACUACACACACACUGACAUACACUCACUUUUAGAAGUCGGAUAAGUUUCCUGCAAAAAUGACCGAUGCAGCUGGAGACAAUAUGCAAUUAGAUGAAAUUGAUACUAACUUAGACUUUGCGGCUCCGGAAAAACAAGAAGCUCGUGCAUAUCUGCGCGAACGAUUUCUGCGAGUGAUUACUGGAAUUGUUGGUAAGAAAGCAGAGUUUUAUUUAUAUGAAAACACUCGAGUUUCUGCCGAAUUUCGAGGCUGUGAUAUAGACUGCUUGGAAGUCUAUGUACGUAAUCUGGAAACACCAUUAGGAAAUAUUCCACAAGCAGUUUUGAGAGCAAAUGACAUUAUUUAUAUGGAUGUGAAAGACAUUAACACUGUACAAUGAUGUAUUCAAUCAUAGGUAGAAAAGAAGAAUUUUAUUUACAUGAAAAUGCUCGUGCUUGUGUUGAGUAUCGAAAUUAUGACAUAGACCGCUUAGGAGUCUAUAUACGUAAUUUCAGAAUAAAAGUAGAAAAAAUUC